AUGCAUUUCGUACAACUAUCCUGCAUGUUCCUGUUCUAUCCGGUUUUGACCGGUUCCGUGUUGAACAAGACAGUGUAUAAAGUUGGGGUGCUAAUGGCGUCCCGGCUGGACUCCCCUUUCGACCUGGAGAGAUGCGGUCCAGCGGUAGACCUGGCCUUGAACAAAGUUAAUGAGAAGUUCCUGGCGCAUCAUGGCAUUGAACUUCAGAAGGUGCAGGGCAGCUACCCAUCAUGUUCCGGGGCCGUGGCACCAGGGCUGGCAGCUGAUAUGCACUUCAAAGAUGACGUCAUCGCGUUCAUCGGACCGGCGUGCGCGUUCGCCCUGGAGCCAGUCGCGAGGCUCGCGGCUUACUGGAACACGCCGAUCAUCACCGGCAUGGGCGACCAGGGGUACAUCUUCGAGCCAUUUGCGCAAUUCAAGGCCUAUUAG